GUCUCAGACACGCGCUCACCGUGAGCACGCCUUCAACGAGCACGUCGGCAGGCCUACAGCCAAAGCGUGCAUACAAAGCCCCAUCCAUGUCCAGCGCACCAGCCAAGGCAAAGAGCGGCUCGUCGGGGGGCACCGCCGGUAAGCCUCACCGAGCUCCCGGCGGCAGCAGCACCAGCCAGCGGGGCAGAAAGCGCAAAGCGGCGACGACGCAGCCAACGCACAGUAUGCACGAGAACGAGAUGAUCAUCGCUCCCCCCGCGGCAGACACGGCGCACGCCCGGCCAGAGCUUCCGACGGUCCAUCAUCCCCAUCCCCAUCCCCACUCGCAACCGCAACCAUUGUUCAGCAACGUGACCCGCGCGUACCCGCCUGGGCACGGACAUGGACAUCCCGCGCACGCACCGGAGCCGCACCACGGCCAUCGAGCCCGGACCUCCCAUACCGAAGCGCACCAAUACCCGCGUCCGCAGCGGCUGAGCACCUCAGGCUCUCAUGAUCGUGACCGGGACCACAACCAGCCAAAUCCGAAUACGAACCGACCGAGCAUGCGGGACCCAGGACCACCGCGCUCGAUGCUGCAGCAAGCGUGGCAUGUCGCGCUUUCUUCCGACCCAUUAGUCGACUCCGACGAAGAGAACCCAGACGGACACGUCCGGCUCGAGUACACUCGAAGAUUAAGCGUCAUCUCCCGUCUACGAGGCAGGCCACCGACACCAAGUCCUGAGCUAGACAAUGCGAUGCUAGCCCCUGUACAGAGCUUGCACUAGCUGUAUUCAUGUCCGAUCCGCGAGUCCACUUUCUUGUUGUGUGUUCACCAAACUGUAUUCUUCACUACAAC